UUGAAGAAGAUUUAGCAAGAUCACGAGCAGCCAUCCGCAAGGCAGUUCAUGCCCGGGAAAACACAACUUACAAGGAUGAGAAAUUCACUCCCAGAGGAUCAAUUUACAGGAACUCGUAUGCUUUUCAUCACCACAUAGAGAUGACGAAGAGGUUCAAGGUGUGGACUUACAAAGAAGGAGAGGAACCGCUGGUACAUUCGGGACCCAUGAAGAAUAUCUACUCCAUUGAAGGGCAGUUCAUUGCAGAGAUGGAGAGUACUGCGACGAACCCUUUUGCAGCCUCCCAUCCCGACGAAGCUCACGCCUUCUUCAUCCCUAUCAGCGUGGUUAAGAUAGUUCAGUACGUCUACAAGCCCCUCACCACUUUCUCUCGAAUUCAACUCCAAACUUUGUUUCUAGACUACGUCCGGAUCAUCGCCGAUAAGUAUCCCUACUGGAACCGCAGCAAUGGCGCUGACCAUUUCUUCGUUUCUUGUCACGAUUGGGCACCAGACGUUUCAAGCGCUAACCCUGAGCUCUUCAAGAACUUCAUCAGAGUCCUUUGCAACGCCAACACCUCCGAAAGGUUCAACCCCAAAAGAGACGUUUCAUUGCCGGAGGUUUUCGGACCGGCCGAUCGCCUAGCCUCGCCGAGCUACAGCCAACCGCCGAACGACCGUCCGAUCCUGGCCUUCUUCGCCGGAGGGGCCCACGGCUACAUCCGGAGAAUCCUGAUCCAGCAAUGGAAGGACAAAGACGACGAAGUUAUCGUCCGCGAGUACCUCCCCAAAGGCCAAAACUACACCAAAUUAAUGGGCCAGAGCAAGUUCUGCCUCUGCCCUAGCGGCUACGAAGUGGCAAGCGCUAGGAUUGUGGAAGCGAUCUACGCCGGCUGCUUACCGGUGAUCAUAUCAGACAAUUAUUCAUUGCCGUUCGGCGAUGUUCUUGAUUGGAGCCAGUUUUCUGUUAAUAUUCCGGUGGAGAAGAUACCAGAGAUAAAGGAGAUUCUGCGAGCGGUGCCGGCGUGGAAGUACUUGAGGAUGCAGAAGAGAGUGAGGAGAUUGCAGCGGCAUUUCACGAUGAACCGGCCGGCGAAGCCAUUUGAUUUAAUUCACAUGGUGCUUCAUUCGGUGUGGCUAAGAAGACUUAAUUUCAGGUUGCAAAUUACUUGAUUAAUUCCACUCUUUUUGGCUCUUAAUCCAAAAUUGUUUUUAUCCCGAUUGGUGAGUUAGAUCGAUGAGACAUGAGAGCAUGGGUUGCUUACGGAUCGAUCAAUGGAUAAGAGCAUGUGAUUAUACAUAAAAUAUAUGUUUGCAUGCGACAUUCAAAGCAUAAUUCCAGACCAGAGACUAAUAUUUUAUUUAUGGGAUCAGCUGAAGAUUUUC